ACUUUUGUCUGCCUGGACACGCUUUCAAAUAGUUUUUCCUGAACUCUUUCUACACAAAGCCCAUCCUCUCCCUACACGCACCAAAAAGGAUCCUUUAUUAUUUUAAAGUUUGACACAAAAUAUGAGUUGUUUAAAGUAUGAAGAGAUGGUAAUAUUAGAUUGCGCAUUCUUGUGAUUCCUAGAUAAAGCGGAGCGAAGAAUUUAUUCCGCUCAGAGGAGGAGGGGAAAAGACCCAGCCCUUGAAGCAGCUCCACAUUAUGGGCUCCCUAUUCAGCCUCCUCCUCCUCUGCUUCUUGGGCCUUUGGGGGGUCCAGGGUUUGGGGGACCCUGGCCCUUUGGAGGACGUCGUCAUCGACAGGUACUACAUCCCCAAAGUCUGCUUGAGAGAGGUCCAGAUGGGGGACUUCGUUCGCUACCAUUACAAUGGGACUUUCCAAGACGGCACCAAAUUUGACUCCAGUUAUGAUCGGGGUGCCACUGUGGCAGGUGUGGCAGGUGUUGGGCGGCUCAUCACAGGCAUGGACAGAGGCCUGCAGGGCAUGUGUGUGAACGAGAGACGGCAUCUCAUUGUACCACCUCAUCUUGGUUAUGGCAGCAUUGGUGUUGCUGGUCUAAUUCCCCCAGACACCACCCUCUAUUUUGAUGUCAUCAUGCUUGAUAUUUGGAACAAGGAAGACAAGCUGCAGAUCACCACUUUGUACAAACCAGAACGCUGUAACCGCACAGUGGAGAAUUCAGAUUUUGUGCGUUACCACUACAAUGGUACACUUCUGGAUGGCUCCCCUUUUGACUCCAGCUAUGGAAAAGACAGUACUUAUGACACGUAUGUAGGUUCCGGCUGGCUGAUCAAGGGCAUGGACGAAGGCCUCCUAGGCAUGUGUGCUGGAGAGAAGCGGAGAAUAGUUAUCCCUCCAUUCCUGGCCUAUGGAGAGAAAGGCUAUGGUACUGUCAUCCCUCCUCAAGCCUCCCUGGUUUUUGAUGUACUUCUGGUGGAUCUGCACAAUCCAAAAGAUGGCAUCUUCUUGGAGCACCUGGAAGUGCCAACUUCAUGCAAACGUAAAUCUGUGACCGGAGAUUUUGUACGCUAUCAUUAUAAUGGCACCUUGAUGGAUGGGACUCUCUUUGAUUCCAGUUACUCACGAAAUCACACAUAUGAUACUUACAUUGGAAAAGGCUAUGUUAUCCCAGGAAUGGAUCAAGGACUACAAGGGAUCUGCAUUGGUGAAAAGAGAAGAAUCAUCAUCCCUCCCCAUUUGGCCUAUGGUGAAAGUGGAGCAGGGAACAAAAUCCCUGGCUCAGCUGUCUUGAUCUUCGAUGUCCAUGUCAUUGACUUCCACAAUCCCACAGACUCUGUGGAGAUACAGACAGUCUACCGGCCUACAGACUGUAAUGUCACCACCCAAGAUAGAGACUUUGUUCGCUACCAUUACAACUGCUCCUUACUGGAUGGAACCAAGCUCUUCUCCUCCCAUGACUAUGAACAUCCUCAGGAAGCCACUUUGGGCACCAAUAAGAUAAUCGAAGGAUUGAACAAUGGCUUGCUCAACAUGUGCUUAGGAGAGAAACGGACCGUCAUUGUUCCUCCACAUUUGGGUCAUGGUGAAAGUGGCGCCCGUGGUGUACCUGGCAGUGCAGUUCUCCAAUUUGAGAUUGAGCUUCUACAUAUGGAACCAGGGGUUCCAGAAGGUUAUCUGUUUGUCUGGCACAGUGAGCCACCAGAAAAUCUAUUUGAAGCCAUGGAUAUCAACAAGGAUGGCGAAGUCCCAUCUGAAGAGUUCACAACAUUCAUCAGCUCCCAAAUUGCAGAAGGCAAAGGUCGCAUGAUGCCAGGCUCUGACCCAGAAAAGGUUAUCAAUGACAUGUUCCAAAAUCAAGACCGGAACAAAGAUGGGAAGAUCACAGCAGAGGAACUGAAGUUGAAAUCAGAUGAAGAUCAAAUUCAACAUGAGGAACUUUAAAAAAAAGAGGGGACUCAGGGCCUGGGGCUCUUCUUGUUUUUAAAGUACACCAAUUUGGUGUCUCUUUCCCUACACAGGGGUUUAUUUGCUCUCUACCUCUAUCUUGAGUUAGAGAGACUGGACCUAAGGAAGACAACACAUUUUCUUCCUCUUUUGGUACCAUUUUGCUUUUGAUAUUUUUUUGGGGGGGAGUAUUUAACUGAGAUUCUGUCUCAAGAAACCAAAAACGGAGUCAAUAUCAUAGUUAACACCAUAGAUUUCUCAACCCACUGGUGUCUUUUUUGAGACCAAUUUCAUUUCCCCACACCCUUUAAUCCAAUAUAUUUCCUCAGAUACAUCUCCAGAGGGAGAUAGUUUGGAGUGGAAACUAUGGAAUUGAAUCAUGUCUCCUGUUCCAUCAGAUCCAGGUGCUCCAUUUGGGUACAUUGGGUUCUCCUUUUCAAAUUAAAAAAGAAGUCUUAUUUGGGAAAUUUAAAUUGAGUGAUAGGAAUCAAGUAAUUCAGUUUUGAGCAAUUUACAUUGCUCAGUCUCUAGAGGUUUUCAGGGAAUUGGGAAUAUUAAUUAUGUUUUGUUCUGGCAAAACUAGCUAUGGGAAGAAAAAUAUGGAGAUAAGGGGCUAAAUCUAUUUGUUAGUCUGAACUUAUGCAGAAGUGUUGCAUCAAUGAGAGUUAUUAAACUAACUCUUUUAGAAACUUUGGUGAUUCAGUUGGUCUGUUGUAGCUGAGACUAACAAUUAGACACUUUCUCCACUAUUGUUUUCCUGGCAGGGUUUUUGUAUCUCUAAGACCUCUGAGAAAAGUGGAUCCAAUAGAUACAAUUUUUUUUCAUUGCUGUAUCUGUGCCAGGAAAGUCUGCAUGUAUUGAAUUUCUGCCAUAUUGAAAAGCACAAGCCUUUUAAAACUGCAGCAUUUGGAAGAGCUUUAGAAAUCUCACUGGGUUGAUUAGGAACCUUUAUGAUUAAAAAGUAAGUGUGGAGUACAGCUCUUUCGUUUCAUCAGUUCUGCUUAUAUCCUUUUGAUCCCCAAUGUAUUGGUCACCAGACAUCAGUCAAUAAAAUCCAGAUUCCUCAACCAA